GCAGACGAGCCAAUCAGGAGCUUUGCGUAUUUUACAAACUGGGGAAGUACCUGGAGCAGAGGCUGAGAGAGUCGGGGGAAAAAGCGAAGAAAGUGGGGGAGACCCUGAGGGGUUCAGGGGGAGGUGCGGCACGGAGAUCUUGGAGGGAAUGAGGGCUGCCGGCGCUCGUAGGGAAGAGAGGCAGUUCGGGGUCCCGGGACGAAAGAGUAGGCGCAGAGUGUCAGGAGAUGACCGAAAAGCGCCCUUGCAGGCGCCGGGUCUUCUGGGCGCGUGGAUUUGGGCGGAGGUAGGAGUAUCUGGAAUGUCAGGACCGAAGCCUCGAACUGGCUGACCUUUGAUCCCUGAUCCUUUUUUCUCCUUUUCAGGAGUAGUCAUGACCACCCUCCAAGCCACGAAGGAUCCUCUCCUCCGGGGUGUAUCUCCCACUCCUAGCAAGAUUCCCAUUCGCUCUCAGAGACGCCCACCUCUCCCCACAGUCAAACCCAGCGCCCUGGACCAGGAGAACCAAGAUCCAAAGAGAUUGGGGCAGAAGCUCAAUAUUCAGCGCCCCCUCGCAGACUCAGCAGGCCCCAGGCUGAAAGCCACACGUCAGACAGAGCAAUCUGAGAAAUUGCUGGGGAGCACUCAGCUCCGGAACCCCUUGGAGGAGCUCAGGCCUAGCCAUGGGGGUCAAAAUGUGGGCCCUAGGCCACCUCCCCAGACAGAGGCUCCAGGGACCGUAGAGUUUGUGGCUGACCCUGCAGCCCUGGCCACCAUCCUGUCAGGUGAGGGGGUGAAGAGCUGUCGCCUGGGGCGCCAGCCCAGUCUGGCUCAGAGAGUACUUGUUCGAGGGAGCCAGGGAGGCACCAUCCGGAGGGGUCAGGAUGCCCGGGCCUCUGCAUAUUUGGCCCCCAGAACCCCUACCCAUCGACUGGACCCUGUCAGGGCUUCCUGCUUCUCAAGGCUGGAGGGACCAGGGCCUAGAGGUCGGACCUUGUGUCCCCAGAGGUUGGAGGCUCUGGAACUAAGAAGAGAGACCAGUGGCAGCAGCAAGACUUCAGUGAGCCAGGCCUCAGGAUCCCUUCCGGAGACCUCUGUGGAGCCUGCUUCUUCUCUCCCUGAAGGGGAACAUGAAGUUGUCACUCAGUCAGAUGAAGGAGGAGGUGGCCCCCUCGGCCUGGCCCAGCGGGUACCACUAAAAGAAACCCGAGAUAAAACCCACACCAGGGACGGCUGUGACUCCUGCCUGAUGCCCUCCCCUGGCCAAGCAGUGCCACUUGCCAUCACCCGGCCAUCACCCUUUGGACGGGCUCAGCGUGUACCAUCCCCUGGCCCCUCAGCUCCAAUCUCAUAUUCAGUGUUGCGGCGUCUCGCCACCCGCCCCAAAACCCAGUUCACACCGCUCCCAUCAGCCUCCAGAGUUCAGCAGGCCCGAGGGUUGAGUGGCCUCUCCCCUCAACCUUGCCCUGAAGAGCCCGCCCUGCCCUGGGAGCAGAUUGCAGUCCGGUUAUUUGACCAGGAGAGUGGUAUAAGGUUGCAGGAGGGGCCUGGGAAGCCACCCGCGUCGACUCCUUAUGGACCCCACCCCAGCAGAACCCCCAACCUCCAGGAGCUGAAGAUGCAGCGCAUCAAUAUCCUGCAGCAGCUUUUGAGGCAGGAAGUGGAGGGGCUGGCAGAGGGCAAGUGUGCCUCCCUUAAUGGAAGCUCCUCUCUGGAUAUGGUGGAACUUCAGCCCCUGCUGGCUGAGAUUUCUAGAACUCUGAAUGCCCCUGAAAAAAUACCAGAGGCUUUUCACCUUCCUGGACUGUCACAGCACCCUGAGCUGCCAAAGCCCUACUUUCCAGGGGAGUGUGGGGAGCCAGAGCCCUGCCCUGGGAGGGGGCCUGGGAUGGCCGCGCCCUGCCCUCCAGCUGAGCCAGGCUCCCCAGAGUCCUGCCCUGGGAGGGGGCCUGAGAUGGCCCCGCCCUGUCCUCUAGCUGAGCCAGGCUCCCCAGAGCCCUGCCCCGGGAGGGGGCCUGAGAACCCAGAGCCCUCCACCCAGGAGCAGCCUGAGGCAGCAGGGCCCAGCCCUCCAGCAGAACCUGGACGCCUUCAGGCCUGCCACCAGGGGCAGAUAGGACUCCCAGAGCCCUCCACUAGGGUAGAUCUGGGGGUACCAGAAGCCUGCUCCCUGGAGCUCGGAAAUCCAGAGUCCAGUCCACGGCCCCGCACCAGUCAGUGGGCUCCAGCGACCACCAGCCUGACCUUCUCCUCCCAGCGCCCACUUUGUGCCAGCCCCCCUAUCCGCUCACUCCAGUCUCUGAAGCCCUCACCAGGCCCGGCAGGCCCCAGCCAUCCGGCCCCUCGCACCAUGGCCCUGAGGCAGCGCCUCAAAGCAUGUCUGACCGCCAUCCAAGGCUUCCACGAGGCCUGCCUGGAUGAUGAGUGUGCCUUCUACACCAGCCGAGCCCCUCCCUCAGGCCUCACCAGGGUCUGCACCAACCCCGUGGCCAUGUUGCUGGAAUGGCAGGAUGCCUUGUGUUUUAUUCCAGUUGGUUCUGCUGCCCCACAGGAUUCUCCUUCAUGAGGCAUCCGUGUCCACUCACUCCUGUCCUGUCUUGCUCCUUCCUUUUAACCUUAUUUAUUUUCCACACCGUGGAUUGGAACUGACACCCUUUUGUCCUUCAAUAAAGUUUCUAAAGUGUC